UUCCACAAUCUCUUUCCAUCUCUCUCCCCCACUCUCCUUUCUCUUCCUCCAAUGGAGCCCUGGCUGGACGACUUAGCCGACGACCUCCAAAGCAUUAGCUUCACCUCAACUAACACUACCACUACCGCUACAACAAUUAACCGUAGCACCAGCUCUGGCUCCUCCGAUGCUGCGGCACUCACGCCCACUCCCUCGGCGCACGGCUCUUUCUCUUCUAAACCCAAAUCCAAUCACUCCCUCUCCCUCUCCGACGUCCGCUUCUGUCUCCGCCUCGGCUCGGGAGACAUCGGCGCCGUCUACUUGGCGGAGCUGAAGAAGAACAUUGAUGGUGCCACUAUUAGUACCAAUAACACCAGCGGACCCUUCGCGGCUAAAGUAAUGGAUAAGAAAGAACUUGCUUCUAGAAGCAAAGAAGGAAGAGCCAAGACCGAGAGGGAAAUACUUGAACAGUUGGACCAUCCGUUCUUGCCAACGCUUUAUGCGAGUAUAGACUCGCAGAAAUGGCUCUGUUUGUUGACGGAGUUCUGCCCCGGCGGUGACCUCCACGUGCUCCGACAACGCCAGCCUAACAAACGCUUCGACGAAUCUGCCGUAAGAUUCUAUGCGUCUGAAGUGGUGGUAGCUCUAGAGUACCUUCACAUGUUGGGGAUUGUUUACCGUGAUCUGAAGCCUGAAAAUGUGCUUGUUCGAUCAGACGGCCAUAUCAUGCUUACUGAUUUUGAUCUGUCAUUGAAAUGUGAUGAUUCUACAUCAAAGGCUCAAAUCAUUUCUGAUCAAAACCCUCCAAUGGCGCCCCCACAAAAUGACUACUCUCUUGAUCAUCAUCCUUUCACAUCUACUUCAUGCAUUCUUCCGAACUGUAUAGUUCCAGCUGUGUCAUGCUUCCGCCCAAAACGUAGACGGAAAAAGAAGACAGGCAACCAUGCUGGGCCCGAAUUUGUAGCCGAGCCCAUUGAUGUGCGGUCCAUGUCAUUCGUAGGGACCCAUGAGUAUUUGGCACCAGAAAUUGUCUCCGGAGAGGGGCACGGGAGUCCAGUGGAUUGGUGGACAUUAGGGAUAUUCAUAUUUGAACUGUUUUAUGGGGUGACACCCUUUAGGGGUGUAGACCAUGAACUAACACUAGCUAAUAUCGUUGCCCGAGCCCUUGAGUUUCCUAAGGAACCUGCCAUACCAGCUUCUGCCAAGGACUUGAUUCAACAACUUUUGAUUAAGGAUCCAUCGAGGAGGUUAGGAUCGACCAAGGGAUCAUCAGCAAUCAAACACCAUUCUUUUUUUCAAGGAGUGAAUUGGGCAUUGUUGAGAUGUACACCCCCUCCAUUUGUUCCCCCGCCCUUCAGUAGAGAAGUUGUAUCAGAUGAAAGUUGCCCCGAAACACCAGUUGAAUAUUUUUAGUCAAAGUAAAAAUUAAAAUGUUAAUAAGCAUAGAAUUGCUUUCAAUCCUUAUUUCAAUUGCAUGUAAUUGCGAACUCAUCCUGGUCCAAUCUGGGAAUUAUACUUGUUGAAUUGAAAGCUGCAUUUUUUUACA